AUGAAUCUUGAAGAAGGAGGUGAAACUACAAAGUAUAAUAAGUACAAUGCAAGAACUGAUCAAGAUUUGAUGUUAGAAAUAAAUGCUAAACUUGAAAAAGAAGCACAAGAAGAUUUAGAAAAUCAUAAUGAACGAGUAGUCUUGGAAGGAGAUGAAGAUUACAAGAUAGUUGAUGGUGUAAAAGUUGUUCCAUUUUCCUUAGUUAAAGAAUUAAAAGAGGGAACUUUUAAGGAUGGAAAAUAUAUUGAUAAUUCCGAUGAAGAAGAUGAAUCUUCUUAUGUGUCAGAUGGUGAUUCAGAUAAUACAAAAGUUGAUAUCAAACAGUUACUAAUUAAAUUAAUUUCAUUAAUUAAGCCUCAAACAAACAUUACAGAUGCCCUAGUUGACUCAUCGAAGGAUCAAGAUCGUAUGGCUCAAAUUACAGAUAUUGCAACACAACUUUUGUUUAUCAAAGAAUAUACCAAUAUAUAUAACAUGGAUAUAGAAGAAUUACAAGAAAAACUAGACAAAUUUGAUGCUCAAAAGUAA